AUGCGUAAAAUUGCGGAUCUUGAUUUCAUCAUUGCAGUUUACUUUCUUGUGUUAUGGACGGUUGGUGGUUGCAAAUUUUUGGGUGGUACCGUAUCGUGGAUGGCUGUGCCACCGGGAAACAGAGUCCGGCUGACGUACAGGUUGUCUUGGCAAAGGGGCUCAGGACCUUGUGGGCCCGCCUGUGGGCAAUCAGAUGUUGGAAGGAAGGGAUCAGUCUCGAGUCUGGAGCUAUCAGCCCUGAAAUGGGUCUCUAUUACUGGAAACAUCACCAAAACGAUAAAUGACGUAAAUUACGUCAUGACGUCAAUAAGCGUCAGAAACGUGACGGGAUGGGAACAAGGCGAAGACGUUAUUUUUAUAGUAGGGCCAUUCACUCAGCCGUUCAUAGUUGCUCUUUCAAGUAUUCCGUGGAUAUAUUCACGUCACCAUACUAACAGAUCUAGUUUAGGAUAUAUGGAAACAUACAUUGAUACACGAAAAAGAAACGAUACCGGAAAGCCAAACAACAGUCCAUAUACGUCAUUUCCUUCAUAUAUUGGAAUACCGUUUGCUUGCACCAGUCAUGUGAAAUUUCCGGUUGAAGACCCGGAAGUGGACAAUGUACGAUGUCGUCUGGCUACAGCGUCUGAGUGUGCCGGGGCUUGCACAAAUGUACCAGAGAACUCUGUAUGGGUAGACAAGGUAAACUGUACCUUGACGAUCAAAGCUUACAAAUCUACGGGUUACAAGAAGGAUUCUGUUUACAGACUGACAUUGGUAGCAGAAGACUUUCCGGAAUCUACGAUCACCAUGGGAACGGAGGUAUUCACCCGCAGAGAUAGUCUUAGCAGGAUUCCGAUACAGGUUACACUUCGAGUACUCGAUGGGUCGUGCAAUGAAAAGAAACACCACUUGACGUUUGUGAGACCAACACUGCCAAACCUCUCAAGGUCAUCGUUUGGAAUACCGGAAAUCAUCCGCCACCUUCCGGUAGCGGCAGGGUUUUACCUGGAGGCAAGAGAUGCGCAAAAUAUAAACGAGACAGAGGUUAUAAUGAGCGGCCCGAUGUAUUUGAACCACUCUUAUUUCCCGGACGACCAGAGUAUUGUCUUAAACAGAACUAAUGUCGUCAGGGUCGGGGUUAAAUGGCGGCCCCAUUUCCCAAAUCAGAUCGGGAAUCAACAGUUCUGCGUAUGGGGUGUGGACAUGCAUGGGAUCACGACGGGCCCGAGAUGUGUGACUAGUAUUGUUGGCGAUGACGGCGAUCAUUGUGCCUCAGGAACGGUGACCUGUGACAAUAAUGGCACGUGCAUAAAUGUUUUCAAAGUUUCCGAGGAGAAAUGUGUCUGUGCACCGGGAUAUAAGUCUACAAACUGCUCACAAGCUUUACGUUGCUACGACAACCCGUGUGAAAACAAUGGAACAUGUAUAGACAGAACUAAUAGAGUUCUUUGUCAGUGUCAAAAAGACUAUGCUGGCGUUCUGUGUGAAUAUAAAGUCGACAUGUGUGUCCAAAGUCCAUGUCUUAAUGGUGGCACAUGUUUAGAUGUGAACAACACUUAUAAAUGUCUUUGCACUUCAAGCUAUACUGGACAAGUUUGUGAACAUCAAAAGCAGUUGAAGUCGGAGUCAAAGGGCUCGGAAGACGCAUUUUUGUGGUUGCUCUUACCAAUAAUUAUUGGCAUUGUUGCGACCGUUACCUUAGUAACCAGUAGCUUCCUUGUUAUAACGGGUGUAAGCAAAAAGCCUCCCAGGAAACCUUCCAAAGUGAAACCAAAUGACAAUAACAACAGAAUAAUGUCAAUUGAGGACUGGUAGCAAUUCUGAACCGAUCGGUUCUGAAAACGCUUGUUUUAAAUUGUAUAAAUUAAAAUAAAUAAAAUUGUCUCCCAUUUUGAACAUGAGCUGCAAAUGUCAGUUUUGAUAGCUUAAUCAAUUUUGAUCUGUUUUUUAUUUGAAUAAAACAUUUGGCAUGUGAUGGUUCAUAUUUUUUGCAAUAUAACAGUUCGCAUUUAUCAUUUGACAGUUGGUAUCUGUCCUUAAGAAUCAGCAAUAACAUUCUAGACCGAUAACCUUGUAAUUAUCAUAGUGCAUAUAGUCCCUACUUCAUAAAUCAUACUUAAACUAAAGUUAGAAUGCUUAAAGCAUUUGUCCAUUUCAUAAUUAUGAAAGGCCGGUGCGCCAUGCAA